ACUCAGUCUUGAUGGAACAUUCGUUGGAAUACGACUGCGGGUUCGUUAUAAAUUUUAUUUAACUAGCAGUGCCACUAAGGAAAUAUGAAGCUCCUUGUUUUAGUGGGUCUUUUAGGCCUUCUGGUCACACUUUUUGUGGGAUCCACGGAGGCUAGCUAUUGCCCCUGCAACCUCCGGAAGGCAGAGGUCUGCGGAACCAAUGGUGUAACCUAUCAAAAUCGCUGCCUCUUUGAUUGCACUCAGAGGGAGUACAGAAAACUGGGAAGAACUCUGAAUAUACGCAAACAGGGAUCAUUGCCAACCUAAAAGUUUCUUUUAAAUAAGGAAAUAAAUCCUUUUUAAAUGGAAAUAACAAUAAAAAUGAAAUACUUGCAAAGUUGAAUGGAAACAAGUUCGGAGCUGGCAGUCAAGUUAUAGUGUCAAUAUUUUGUUUUCACCUCAUCCCCAUUUUAAAGUGUUUUUUA